GAGGAAGAGAAGGAGGAGGGGGAGCGCCGCGUAAAAAGCUGCGCCGCACGUGGAAAACUUGCGCUGCUCCGUCCCUUGGAGAGAAAACAAGCUCCCCCUUCCAAAAAAAAAAAAAAAAACAGACGCCAACAAACAGACCCGGGUCCAGACUCGCAGCGGCCCGUCCGGAUCGACCUCCAGCUCUGCUCCGCGCACAUGCCUGCCGUGUUGAUGUGGAGGAAAGGGGUCAGCGGAACCGGGGAGCAUGUUUGAGUCAUCUCGCUGAAAGUUGCAGGGGGGGAAACCAAUUCCAGCUGACCCAUCUGUUUUGUUUCUGUUUAGUUUUUCUUUUUUGUUGUUGUUGCUGUUUCGCUCGCUGGGAGCCAAACUCAAUGGAGGGCCAAGCGGGCGAGCCGCACGGCAACGAGGACGUGCGCAAGAGCGGCUACCUCCGCAAGCAGAAGUCCAUGCACCGGCGCUACUUCGUGCUGCGCGCCGCCUCGGAGCGCGGUCCGGCCCGCCUGGAGUACUACGAGAGCGAGAAGAAGUUCCGCGGCAAGGCCCCCGUCCCGAAGAAGGCGGUGGCGCUGGAGACGUGCUUCAACAUCAACAAGCGGGCCGACUCCAAGAACAAGCACAUGAUCGCGCUGUACACCCGGGCGGAGAGCUUCGUCGUGGCCGCGGAGAGCGAGGAGGACCAGGACGAGUGGUUCCAGGCCAUGGUGGAGCUGCAGUGCAAAAGUAAAAAUCCUAAUGACAGUGCGAGUUCAGGGGAUUAUGGAGCGCCAAAUCCAGGACCUGCGUUCAAAGAAGUUUGGCAGGUGAAGGUGUGGCCUAAAGGACUGGGUCAGGCCAAGAACCUGGUGGGCAUCUAUCGCCUUUGCCUUACCGAAAAGACUGUAAACUUUGUGAAGCUGAACUCCGACGCGGCCGCUGUGGUGCUCCAGCUGAUGAACGUCAGGCGUUGCGGACAUUCAGAAAACUUCUUCUUUGUCGAGGUGGGACGCUCUGCUGUGACGGGCCCCGGCGAGUUUUGGAUGCAGGUCGAUGAUUCUGUGGUGGCCCAGAACAUGCAUGAAACCUUGCUGGAGGCCAUGAAAGCCCUGAGUGAGGAGUUUCGUCAGCGCACAAAGUCUCAGUCAAACUCUGGUCCUGGAGGAGGUGCCACAGCUUCCAAUCCUAUCAGUGUUCCUUCCCGCCGCCACCAUCCCAAUCCCCCUCCAAGUCAGGUGGGCUUCCUCCGCCGUCCCCGAACCGAGCCUACCUUAGGUGCUAAUGCGGGAGCUCCAUUAGGCAGUUCCAGUGCCUCUCCCACACCUCGGCACAGCUUCCCGAGGUCCCGCACCGCCAGUGAUGGAGGGAAAAGUGAAGAUGGGAUAGCAGGAUCCACUCCGCUACAUGGUGUAAACACAAGUCCUUCUAGCAAUGGCUCCUGCUCUACCACCCCAAUCCUCAGGUCAAAGUCAGCCCGCUCGGUCCCAACCACAGCUGCUAAAACUCCUUUUGGGUUGAUGCGUUCCAUUUCAACCCCAGCCCCAUGCCUAUCACCAGCCCCAAGUCUCUCGUCCAGCUCUGGGCAUGGAUCUGAGUUUGGAGGUAUCACAUCUGCUGGUCCUGUUCCAGGGUCUGGUGCUUAUACUCGUGUAGCCUCUCAUCAUACCUCAGUCUCAUGCUCACCCAGUGAUUAUGGCUCCUCAGAUGAGUAUGGUUCCAGUCCUGGAGAUCACACGGUUCUACCCUCUCCAAUCCUGGCAGGAAGUUCUGUCAGCAGCACUGGUAGCCAGUGCCUUGGCGAGGAUGGAGCAAACUACAUCCUAAUGGGUCAACGAGGUGGGACCAGCAGUAGUGUCAGCAACAGUAAUCAAGGCAACAUGAUGUCCAGCUCUCAGCCUGUGCCAGGAACACCAACUAAUUGCUCACUGCCCCAGACUAGGAGAGUACUGCGUCGAUCUUCUAGCCGUGAAUGUGAGGCUGAACGCAGGCUUCUGAGCAAGCGUGCCUCCUUGCCUCCUAUGGCCCUGGAAAGACUGGCCCCACACCAGCGCAGAGCUGAAGAACCUACAGAUGAAGAUUCAGCUGAUUAUGCCAUUAUGUCAAGGAGCACCAGUCGGGAGUCCUUUGCAUCUACCUGCUCAUCUAUUCAAAGGGAAUCAACCUUAGGCUCUUGUGUAGGAGGGUACUUGGAUGUAGCAGGAGAGUUAAAAAGUGAUGGUGGUCCAGGGGCAGUUGCAGGAGUGGACAAUGGGUACAUGUCCAUGCUACCAGGAGUCACCCAGCCUCCUGUCUCCUCAUGUCAGACAAUGACUGUGUGUGUUCCAGAAUUAGAUUCCAAACCUGCUGACGACUACAUGGCAAUGACCCCCAACAAUAGCGUGUCUCCCCCGCAGCAGAUUCGUCACCUGCCAGUGUCUGACGGCUAUAUGAUGAUGUCACCCAACAGCAGUUGCUCCCCUGACCAGCGUGGAAGCCUCUCUGAAGGUGCUUGGGUUGGCAGUGCCGAUAGCAGAGCUGGUAGCGACUACAUGAACAUGUCUCCUAUUAGUGCACCUUCUGUAAAUGGCAGUCCCCCUCAAAAUGAGCACACCUGCCAUUUAGAUACCAGUUUGCAACAGCCGCUCCCAAAAAUGGUGUAUUCCUACUAUUCCCUUCCCAGAUCGUACAAACAUAAUCCCACUUCUGGGCUUUUUGAUGAUGGGCCCGGACGAGGCAGACGCCCCAAUGGGAACUGUAGCAGAGGAGGAGGUGGCAGCAGAAACUCAGGGGGGCAUCUAGAGCAGCCAACUGGCGGUUCAGGGACUGGACGGCACCAAUCACUCUCUUCGUCCUCAUACUCCUCCAGCUCAGCUAGCAGUGAGAGUCUUGGAGAGAACGAUGACAGGACUAACCAGGUUCUGGUUAAUGUGACAACUGGAUCUCAGCCCAAAGAGGUGAGCAAGAUUGCUCAGAGGCGGGGCUCCGGUGGGUUAACAAAGCAAAGUAGCCACUUUAGAAGCAGACCAGUAAGCCUAUUUGUAGAUGUAUCUAAGGCCAACACUCUUCCUAGGGUUCGUGAGAACCCCUUACCCCCAGAACCUAAGAGCCCUGGAGAGUAUGUAAGCAUUGAGUUUAAAGGGGAGCAGUGCAGCCGGACUGGUGUAGGAGUUGGGCGAGGUAGAGGACUGAGACAUGGAUCAUUGCUGAAUCACGGCUCAAGUCACCAGCAUUCUCAAAACAGACCAACUCCAUCUCUAGAAACCUUUAUCCCCCUGUCUCACAGUCCUUCUGCCCCUGUCUCUCCACCAACUCCAUCAGAGUAUGUCAACAUGGACCCUGGCCCUUCACCAUCCCCUUCACCCCAUUCCAAUACCCAGUUAGUUUUCCCACCUUUCCACACCCCUCCAACACCCCCGGUUCUUGCUCAUGCUCCUAAAAUCUGUACAGAAGGUACUGAUAGUCUGUGUCAAGGAACUGUUGAAGUUGCUGAGCCACCGCUUCGGAAAAGCAGAGACAGUGUUCCCUCAGUGACUGAAAUAGAGUCUCCUACAUCCUGUGGAGACUACACAGAGAUGGCUUUCAGCUUGAGCAACAAUACUGCCCCUCGGUCAUCACCAAGUGUCUCCCCCAAAGUCCCCUCUCCUACAAGAACUGAUCCUUCUGUUUCAGUGCUCUCUCGGGGUCUAGACUUCCCUCUGGGCAAAUCAGGACUGAACCCAGACCAGGGUGCUAAAGUAAUCCGUGCUGAUCCCCAGGGACGCAGGAGGCACUGCUCGGAAACCUUUGUGGCCACACCCUCCCUGUCCACCUCUGGUUCUACUUCUUCUUCUACUGCCUCCCUCUUUCCAGAGCAUGCCCAGGCUGUUUCCCGCCGCCUCGGCUUUGAGAGCAUGUUGUGGGGGAAUGGUGCCGUCACUGAUCCUCCAACUCAAUUUCCACUCCCUGCACAGCAGUCACUUCCCACAAACAAUCAGACAUUGUCCACAGAGCAGGGUCUCAACUACAUAGACUUGGACUUGGUCAACAAAGAGAGUCCCCACGCUGGCCUGGAAGGUGCCACAGGAGGCCAGCCCCAAUCUCGGCUGUUCUCUGUUCUUGGUUCGGGCUCAGUGGUUGGGGGAGUGGGGGCUUCAGCUGGAGGGAGCAGCAGUUCAAGCCUCAACACAUACGCCAGCAUCGACUUCUACAAAUCCGAGGAGCUACGGACACAUCAGAACGGGAACAAAGAGGGAACAGAGUGCUGAUGUCAGCGAUUCAUCCUCACAGAGACAAUCUGGUAUCACUCAAAGCGCUUCGAUUCUCCACCUUUUCCUCCCGUGACAGCCAAUCAGAUGGACAGAGCUGCUGGAUUGGACGCAACCCUGAAGCACUUUGACAUAAAAUGAUGGAACAUUUCUUUGUCUUUUUUUUUUUUCUUCUUCGCUUUCAUCCGGUUGGUUGAGCAAACCUACAGGGAUGUGUGCCAAAUGAUAUUCUUAAAGAGUAAUUCACUGCUCUCAUUUCAUGAAGUGGAAGCCAAUCAGAGGACGGUACAGGAUGGAGAAUAAAGUGGAGUUUUUUGUGUGUGUGUGUUUUUUGUUUGUUUUGUUUUAUACCUCUAAUGACAAAAGAGUACAAAUUUGGCAGAGUGGUAUGUUUAACAAAAAAAAAGAAAAUAUAUAAAAUCACAUAGCUGCUCAAAAGUGCCUCAUUUUCAUAUUGUAGCCAUUCUAAAAGCUAAAGCUUUGGGUUUUGUUGUUUCAUUCUUGACUUGAUGUAAUUACAGCUGAUGGUGCUGAUAGAGAUCAGUAGCUUUUUUUUUUUAACCACCGAUGCGUUCAUGUCAUAUAGGAUCAAUGCAAGAGAUUGGAAAGUUUGAACGCUAACAACCGACUUUUAUACCCAAAAUAUUUAAAGUUUGUCUAAUCAGAAACAGCCAUGUUUUUAGCAAAUAUGCCAUAUAAAAAUUUCAGACAGAAAACUUUGGUUUUAGCACAGUAGGACCUUUGUUGUGCCCUUUCCUAUUAAAAAGAAGAAGAAAAAAGAUAUGUAAGUAUAUUCAACUUUUUAACCUGAUAGUGAGUCACAGCUUGCGUUGAAAAAACUAAUUAAUAUGAUCUGCACAUUUCCUAAUUUUAUUGAAAUUAAAUUUCCAAAGUAACUAAAUGUUAUUUACUUUUAAGUACAUAUCACCAGUGAUAUCUCAUUAGAAAUACUUUUUUAAAAAACUCAGGGCUGUAUUUUCAUUUAAUGCAUAUAUCUAAUUAUUUUUACUGAGGUGCUAGUUAUUUUGAUUAACGUUUUUUGGGUACUUCUACCACUGCCGUUGUUGACGUCUAUUGGAAGAAAGGAUGUAAAGAAAGAAAAAUAAGACAUUCAUCAAAUGAAACCCUUUAAUGCAGAAAAUCAUUGGUUCCCUCUAUCAGCACAUUUCCAACCUGUCUUUUACAUAGCUUAUGUGAAAAUAAGCAUUUUGUGAUUCCAAAGAGUCGCUUGUUUAUGAGUGGUAAAAAAAAGGAGAACUAUCUGUAAAGCACAGAUUUUUUUGUAAAAAGUCUAUUUUCGUAAUUGUGUGCCAUAAACUUUGUAAUUGGGCAUUUCUAAGCAAAAUUUUAGCAUAUGUGCUUAGGGCGGAAAUCGGGGGUAUCGCUUAAGAGAAUGUAAGACAAUUCAACAAUCUAUUCAUUCAUUUAAAUCAGAUUGAUCACCUUUAAUUAACAAACUCAGGUCUUUAUUUUUGUUGAUUUUUUUUCUUACUGAGAUAUAUAGGUUUUAAUAAAUUAAAAUAAUCCAGGAAUCCGGCGCUGAUGCACGUCGAAUGGUGAUUAAUGUUUUCUAUUUAUUUUUGAAGUGAUCAGUCAGUACCAACUCUUGGCUUGCCAUACUUUAUCACAGAUUGAACAAGCACUGAAGUUCACCACGGUGACACAAAUAACUGAUGUUUAGCCAAUCACAGUUCGAUCUGAAAUUAUAAUGCCUGAGAAUGAGGAGUGACCAGAGCUUGUUGGUUGAGACGUGUAUUUUUAACGCAUGCGGAUGUUCGUUGCCCAUUUGUCUGAAGGCAUCCGAAGCUGAACAUUUCUACGUUUCUUUAUAGUUUUAUAGCAACUUUGUCCGAAUUAGAAACAAGCUAUCACUUUGUGUAGCUGUGUCUGCAUGAAAAGUUCUCGACAAAAUAAUAAAAAAGGUUGCUACAACAAUAACUCCAAUAUGACAUGAACGCUAAUAUAUGUAAACGGUACUAGCAACGUGCUAGCCUUCUUUCCUACUGUGAGAAAUAUUAGCAAAGCUGCCGUUAGCUCGCCGCUAAUCCGUGUGUUGCAUUUUGAUGCUUAUACUUUUUCUCCUGACUUCUUUUUUUUUUAACUGUUGACUUUCAUAUUUUCUGUCCGGUGAGCCAUAAAUAAAAGUGUUAAAAUCCA